AGUCCCCAGUUGUUGACGGAGGCGACCCUCUCCAGCCUGCUCCUCGACGGCGAGUCGGUGUACAGCCUAGUGGUCAACCCGUUCCUGCUGCUGCUGGCCAGGGUCAUUCUCACCAAGUGCUCUGCCAAAAUGGAACGCCUUCAGCUCCUGCCCUGGUGGACUCUUCGUUACAUCAACCUGCACCAGCAGAUCCUGGAGGCUCGCUCUCCACAGCUCCUCAGCUUGGCCCACUGCAGCAUGGACAGAGUGCUGAAAUGCCAGUCGACGUUGUCGGACCAGAGGAGCCUGGCUAUUCAGUUCCACCUGGAGUGUGCCUAUAUUAGUCUGAACUACUACGAGUACGGGAGCGCCAAGGAGCACAUCAACACGGCCAAGGAGCUUUCUGGGCUCCACAUCAACAUGACAGGUGCUCUCGGGAAACGGACCCGCUUCCAGGAAAAGUUUUUGGCUCAGCUCCUCCUUGAGGUGAAAAGGCAGGAGGGGGAGGAGGAGGCUGAUCAGAGGGUCAGCGAGACCAGUCCCACUCCGACGCCACAGGCCAGCCUACCCAAAGAUUACCAUCUGGACGACGACACGCUGCUGGAUCGGAUCACUUUAGCUGAGCCCGAUCUGUACCAGCUGCCUGACCUGAGUGCUGAAGAGCAGGCCCUCGUCCUGGGUGUGUGGUAG